AUGGGUCCCCUCCGCCUUAUUGAGGACUUCAACGCCUGGGCUACCCAAGUCUCGGUCUACUUGGUUUGCGAAGCCGCAGAGGCUUCAGAGCUGUGUGCGCAAGUAUGUUGGGCUUAG